CCCACAUAUUUUUUCAUCAAUUAAGCGGCGCUGUCGACCUGUGUUUGGCACAGUUUAAAAUCAUGGUUAUAGAAGUGUGCAAUAUAAGGCAGCGUUUGGGGCCGCGGCUACGCCUUAUUAUAUUUCACAGCUUCAUGGCUGGCAUACGAAUGCGACUACUGAUCGUCUCCGUACUUCAAACUUUCGGCUUUCGUCCAAGGCCGGUUAGACUUUUUGGGUUCACUACAAGCCAGGGCGUUAUAACGCGUACAGCUGGCCCAUACCUGAUAGCUGCGUGACCAGUUGCGGGUCGGUUGACUUUGUCGGACACGCGUCUUUCAGGCGGGCCGUACGAUACCGCAACAGAUACCGGUUGGCAACGGUAAAGCGUACUUAAGAAAGACCCUAAUACAUGAUAACAUAACAUCUAUUGUAAGAUUUACACUGCAACGUGCUUAAAAGGCGCUCCUACAACAUUGGGGCCCAGCACCAACAGUGCUCUACUAGAUAGACCCAAAAGACCAACAUUUCCUUAGUCCUGCAAUCCAUUGGUGUAAGCAAGUGUUCAAGAUGGAAGCUUGCUCUCGGACUUUGCAGCGAGCCAUGUCCUGGCCAACCCACCCAUGGCCACGGGGACUGGCACUGCUACUGAUUGCCUUUACCUUAGCUGCCCAAGUAUCACGUGCCGCUUCGCUUGAGCGUGUGUCAAGGCGCGUACUCCAGGCUGGACAGCAAAAGCCGGAGGAAACCCGAAAGAGCUUGGCAUGGCUCGGCAGCCAGUUCACGUUCAAGUCGAAAAGCUCCUGCGACCCCACCUUCUACCACAGCCCGCUCGUCCUCAACAUCACCCGCCCUGACCGCUCGUCCUUCUGCUUCAAGGUCUCCAACAAGAUGCCUGAAGUCGUAAAGUACAGCUGCCAGCAGGCGCCUAACGCAAACCAAGUCAGCAGGAUCCAAUUGGUCAUAGCCUCUGGCUGCGCCGACGCCAUUGACGCCGUCACCGUCGACGGUCAACCCUGGAGCAGCGUAACGUACGACAACGCUUCCAGCGUCCUGUCCAUCGAACGCAUCACGACGCUGCCGCCGGCCGACGCCGCCAACCCCGCCGACCGCACCGUCUGCGUGCAGCUGAAAUCCGACCAUCCCACAUGCGGCGCUGCCUCGUCCCUCUGCGCACCCUCGUACGGCCCCGAGCCCGCCUGUGCCGUACUCGUCGCCGACAGCAAGGCUACCUGCUGCCCCGUCAACCGCGUCAGUUAUGCCGACGCCGUCAUUGAGGAGAGCCCGCUUUACAGGCUGUACGGCAAGUUCAACGACCCGGAAGGUUGCGAGACCAUCACCUCCGAAGCCGCUCUGCUGGCGGCACUUGGCAAGCAGUACCGGGCUGCGCUGGAGCUACCCAGCGGAAGCAUCCAGUUCCUGUCGUACAACUGCCGUAACAACCGCCUGGCGGCCGUAUUCAAAGUCAGCGGUCUCAAGCUGGACCAAUCCGAAACCAUCAACGAGCGAUCCGCAGCCCUGUUGAAGCCGCUGGCCCAAGCGUUAGGCAUUGUGGGUGUGCGCGCGAACUUCUACACCUUCCCGCCGCCGUCGCCGCCACUGACGCCUCGGCGCCCGCCGACCAGCCCCGCGCCAACCUACGCGACUCAGUCGUCACCGCAGUUGCCAGUGUACGGCUCGCGCUAACGACCUCAACUGUUGCGCAACUGACAUUUAAUGAAGGUCAGGAAAAAAGACCGUUUUGCUUCCUUGCGUUGUUUCCGUUGUGCUUGUGUAAGCGCACAACUACUACUGAGGAUGCAUUAGGGGGGCCUGUGGUGGCAUGCGGGAAUGGAGCUUUGGGUUUCGCCGGGUUCUACUCGUGGCUACCUGGGUCCGUUGCGCCUUGCCGCUCCUGCUGGCACAUUGGUCUAAUGCCAUUUAGGCGCCUAUUGAUUGAUUGCGGCGUCCGGAGGGGGCUGGUCCAGAUGUCGCGACUGUCGCUGCUACUGCUACUGCUGCUGCAGCCUGUGGUGCCGCUUGGCUGUAUGUAUGUAUGUGUGUAUGUCUGCAUGUGCGCAGCUGCAAUGGCAGGUAUGGCGCUUCACCGCAGGACGUAAGGCUCGGUGCUGCGGCCCUGUAAGAAGGAUGAGGGAGGGCGGAAGGGAGAGGGGCGGUUAACCUUUCUCUUGUGGAUAGCGUCCGGCACACAAGACUUGUAGAAGUGCUGCUCUAGCGGGGGGUUACUGCUGCUUUGAGGGGGUUGGUGGCGGCUACGUAGCAUGUGUUUCGCAUGCAUUUGGCCCCCCACCCCUUACAGGCUUUCUGCCCCCUAUAGCCGGUUCGUGUCCUAUCUAGGCCAGGGCCGGUCGAGUCGUAUUAUUCUUGCCCGCUUAGGUGCUGAUGAUUAUGCCGCGAUUAUGUGGAUAGGUUUAUACAUUCUUAAACAAGGCGGUGUGCGGGUGAUGGUCUACAAUUUAUUAGUAAGUACGUUUGGGUGCCUCACCCUUCUCGAAGUGUAUUUAUAGCUAGGGUUGACGAUUUCCUUUUUUCUGUGCAGUAGCCUUGUUGAAGAGAGCAGAUAGACCGCAGGACAGAUGUCCUGUUGGUUGACGGUUGGGGGUUGUUGGCUGUCGGUUAAUGCCUGACUUGUUGUCCAAGUUGUUCUUCGGAAAGGGAAGCGGCGGAGAACGCCGGAUGGAAGGGGACUUGCAGCUACGUCUGUCUGUCUGUUUGGCUAGGUGUUUCGUAGCUAAAUACACAGAUGCUUUUGGCAGGGCGGAUUGCUAAGAGAGACCCAGGACGCGCCCUUGGUCCGUAUGUACGGCAACAUAUCUCCUCCACUGUUGUAAAACGAUAUGGUAA